GCAUAUCUGGCAUUAGUGAAGCAAGACAGCGUUUUCGUCCGUGAAAUUUCCAUAACAUAGUGUGAACGCAGUUACGUCAUUGAGGCCACCCAUACUGCGGAGAGCAGCCGCUGCCAUUACGCUCCUGCUGAGUCCUGCCGUCUUCACCUGUGGACAAGCCAGCUCCGUCCAGGUGUCGUCUUUUCUACCACUCUCAUUUCAUUUCCCACGCAGCGCGCUAAAGAUCCAGUUGAAGCACAAUCCAAGCCAGGCCAAGUCACCGAAGGAGAAAUGGACGACUGCGCCUGCAGCGCCUGGUACGACAGUGCCGGGUGACAACAACACAAUCACCGUGCACAUUAUUGACUUCUGCAAUUUCACUAUUGUGGUGCUUACUGCCGUGAAUAUCACCACGGUGUUGACGCAAUAGUGAUAACUGCUGCUUUUCCAGCCAUCCUACCAUUCCAGCAUCUCGAAGGCAUCGUAAUGGCGGACGACAAUGACGGCUGGAAACCAAUGCACAGGUAUGCCUACUUGGGCAAUUUCAAAGAGGUGGAGGCGCUCUUGAGCAAGACAUCCGGCAACACGAAGGAUGAGAAUGGCUUGACGGCGCUGCAUGUGGCUGCGUACAGCGGUCAUCGGCACAUCGUCGGUUUGCUUCUUAAGCAUUGUGAUGCGAACGCUCAGGACGACAACGGUCGGACGGCGCUUCAUUGGGCGGCGUUCAUGGGACACGGUGCAGUAAUCCGCCAGUUGCUUGAAGUGAAGGACAUUAACGUCAACAUACAGGCUAGAAACGGUUUGACGCCGCUUCACAUGGGUGUCGCUAGCGAACAGAAGGACGACCCCCAAAAACAGUUUGACGUGGUGAAAGAGCUUGUUGGUUACAAUGGCAUAGACCUAAACAUUCCGGAUGAAAAUGAUUUCAGACCAUUGCAUUGGGCUGCACUUAGAGGAUAUGAUAAGAUUGCCAAACUUCUUGCUGAAGCCGACACCCGCGUCAGAGACAAGAAUGGCUUGACGCCACUUCACUCAGCUGCCACGAACGGUCACUCAAAUUUCAUACAAUGGCUGGUUCAAGAACGGUGCGCAGACGUGAACGCUCUCGAUGGGAACGAACGCACAGCCAUGUACUGGGCAGCGUACAAUGGGUAUGAGAGCUGUGUAGACCUCCUAAUUAAUUCGAACAUCACGAUACCGGACAACAAGGGAUUGACACCUUUGCACGUGAGCGCUACGAAUAAUCACAAGGGGGUAGUGAAGAAGCUGCUUGACCGUUUGCAACGAACAGGGCAUAAGGAUCGCGUAAACGCUGAAGAUGUGAACAAGAGAACGGCGUUGCACUGGAGCGCCUACAUGGGACAUCACGACAUCGUAGAUCUACUUGUACAAUACCAAGCAAACGUUAAUGCCCAGGAUAAAGAUGGCUACACAGCCCUGCACUGGGCGGCUAUGGCAGGAGAGGUGAAAGUCGUGGAGCUGCUGCUACAGAAGGGGUCAGACCCCUCUACAGAAGACAAUAGGGGUCGCACUGCGGAGAGGUUGGCUGACUCUCUUUCAAAUACCGAUGUGGUUGCUUGCUUCAGAAGGUAGCCUGCACAAAGAGUAGUGGUACAAGCAGGCCUUACGAAUAUUUGCUCACCGUCUGACAUCAGUGAACGUGAUUUAACGUGAUUUCAAGGUCUAAAACAGGGAGAACUUCUUUAACAGUUCGUUCGUGUCAGGGUUUUCUCAUGCAGGAGUGCAUCUGCUGUUAUUCGCUGUUAUUCGUUGUACGUACACUGUCUAGCACUGUGUGUGAACUGCCUAGCGAAAUGCGCGCAAAGAAUACUACGAAUCUUGCACUAGUCAGUUGGAUGUUGUCUCAUGUGGAAAUUUCGCCUGAAUCAAAUAACUGACGAAAAUAGAGGCACACAAAUGUGCUUCAUCUGGUUUGGUAGCAUACAACGACUAACUUGAUAAGCAUAAGCAAACGUGCUGUGCAUGCACUUGUGCAUUGAACAUUGCUGGAGCAUGCAUACAUAUGUGAAUCAUGAACAACUGCAAUAUACCCUUAAAUGAUCAUGGAAGGGUUCAAAAAAGAAUGUAUGUAUCGAGAAAAUAGGAUUACAAGCCACUGGGACACACAUUCGCACAAAAAGGAAAACUGCAUGAGAGAAUGAGUUUUGAAUUUCUGUGAACAUCUUGUUGAGUUCCUUUUGAAUCAACCCUCAAUAGAAUAUCACUGUGAAUUGAGUUAGCUAAAAAAAGUCAAUAGAAAUUUUAUUGCAACAGGCUCAAUAGUGACUCUAUUGCUUGCAGAGUUGCUAUUGAUUUUCUCUUGAGCAAAAAGAAAUGAAUUGAAUUUUUUUUCACGUAAUGCUCAAUAGAGACUGUAUAACAGAGUUGUUAUUGCUUUUCUGUUCAGCUUUAACAGUGUUGAGUUGGCCCGAAAAGAACUCAGUGGAAUUUUUAUUGCGCAGUACUCAAUACAUACUCUAUUGCAGAGUUACUAUCACAUUUAUGUUGAGCUUUAACAUUGUUCAGUUGGCUCAAAAAAAAAUACUGAACAUAAACUUCAUGGCGCAGUGCUCAAUAGAAACUCUAUUGCAGAGUUCCUAUUGCUUUUCUGUUGAGGUUGAACAGUGCUGAGUUGGCUCAUAAAGAACUCAAUAGAAUUUCUGUUGCCCUAUUCUCAAUAGACACUCUAUUGGAGAGUUACUGCUGCUUUUAUGUUGAGCUUUAGCAGUGUUGAGCUGGAUAACUGUGACAUAUAUAUUCACUGUUCAUUAUAAUAUACGCGCACUGUACUGCGUAAAUAUUAUCGAUAAAAAGUAUAAAAAGUACUGUUCAUUGCU